AUGCCCUCCCUCCCACCACAUCUCCUCCAACACCGCACACACUCCCCCCUAAAACCCCGCACCCCCUCCUCCUCCUCCUCCUCAACCACCUUCGAAGUCCCCACCACCGACAUAAAAGCCACCAAGAAACAAAUCGACGCCUAUGAAAAACUCAUAAAAUAUCUACCAGAAGAUAGCAAGAAGAAAUUGAAAAAAUUGCAAAAGGAACACGGGUUGACGAGGGAUCAGCUCAUUUUGGCGGCGUUGAAGGAAUGGGCGCCGCAGUAUGUAGGUGCCUUUAAGAUGGCGGAGUUUUUUGGGAUUGUGAGGGUUUGA